AUGGGAGAGGAGGGAGGGGAUGUUGCGAGGCACGUGAGGGGAGAUUUGAGUUACGAGUUUACGAAAAUGGGCUCGAAGAGUGCUCGUGCUCGUGGAGCAACCGACACAGUUUCUGCUUCGACGGGUCCAUCAGCCGAAUUGGUUGACUCAGUGGGGAAAAGGACGGGGAGGAAAGACUUGGGAUCGGUGAGGUCGUGGGAGAUGAAGAGCCAUGAUCCUCCACGUGCCUUCUUCUUAUUGGUGGGAGGGGUUGAAUAUAGUUUUGGUUGGGAAAGGAUGGAGACAAGGACGGAGCAGGAACUGGUGGUGAAGAGGACUACUGGCUGCAUAGUUUUCCCAGUAUUCUAUGAUGAUCCAUCCCAAGUCAGAAAGCAAACAGGGAGCUUCGCUACAGCAUUUGUGGAAGAAGAAAAGCAAUUCACGGAGGAGAUGGAGCGGCUGGAUGGGCGGAGGAUUGCUUUGAAGGAAGUUGCAGAUUUAGCAGGAAUGGUUUUAGGAGAUGGGUAA